AUGAACGCGGGGCUGUCUUAUCAGGGGGACAGAGACAGCGUGUGUCUCUCGCGAUGGCUCUGUACCGCCUUGAGUGCUCUCGCAGAGACAGAGAGAGACAGAGAGAGGAGACAGGAGACGGAGAAGGAGAAAGAGAAAGAGGAGAAAAAGGAGACAGAGAAGGAGACAGAGAAAGAAAAGAAAAGGAAGAGAGAAGAAAAGAAGAAAAAAAAAAAGAAAAGGGAGACAAAAAAACUACUCUCCCCUCUCUCGUGUUUCUCGAUGAAGCCACGGCGUCGCUCGACGGAGACACCGAACGCCUCCUCCUACACAAACUCAAACAAGUAA